UCAACCUCCACGUCAGCCUAGUACACCUUGACAACGACCAUGUCUGCCUAUCCCGCAUAUAUAAUGGGUGGCCUCUGUCUCAUCGGAGGCUUGACCGGCUUCGCGAGGACGCGUAGUAUGCCCUCUCUGGUCGCAGGUGUCGGUGUUGGCUUGCUUUACCUGUGGAGCGCGAACAGCAUCCGCAACGGAACGGCUAACGGUCUGGAAGGCGCUCUCGGCGCAUCGGCUCUCCUCCUCCUUUCUUCUCUCCCUCGUGUGGCAAAAGGUCCGGUCCCCGCGGUACUGACUGUGACCUCUGCCGCGUCCACGCUUUACUACGGCAGGACUGUCCUAGCGCUUCGGCAGUAAGUCGCACAUGCCCCGAAGCUUAUGUGGACCACGUUGCUUGUAUCUCAGAAACAUGUAGUUAUGUGUAUGAAUAUGCGAGGAUCCUUUUCG